AUGUUAUACCCGUCACCCGUUCACCGCCAAGAUAGCAGCUUUCCAGACCACCACAUUGAAAACUUCCGAGCAGCUCUUACUCUGGCUAUCAACGCUAGCAUGGCCGUCUAUACAUAG